UUACGGUCUCAGUGGAGUGCAGUUUAAGCUGUCUGUGUGAGAGGAUGGAUGAGGAGAAAAUGGAUGUGGCUCGGCAUCAGCAGCAGCAGCCAUGUGAAAACGGCGUCACAGAUCCAGUCCAAAUUCAUAUCGAGGUUCACGUCAAAUCUCAAAGCACAGCAAGAAGAGCUGAAGUGAGGACGCACGUACUGGCUCUGCUGGACCGGCACAGCCUCGUAAUGGGUUCUUACAAGUGGAUGGAGUUCGAUGACGACUUCCUGACUAAAAACGUCGAGUCGGUUGCUGUGGUGGACGUUAAUACACAGGCGCCGCUCGAUUUGAAGAUCAACAAUCUGUGUGUUCACAUCUUCUCCCUGAAUGACGAUGGACCCAGUACGCUCAAUCUGGAGGAAGAGGAGGAACUCUCGGCAGCCAAUCACUGGCUCUUACCAGCAGCUGAGUUUCAUGGUAUCUGGGACAGUCUGAUUUAUGACGAAGGAAUCAAGACACAACUCUUGGAUUACGUUUCGACAGCGAUUUUCUUUUCUGACAAAAACGUCGACAGCAAUCUGGUGGCCUGGAAUCGUGUCGUGUUGCUUCAUGGACCUCCGGGCACGGGAAAGACGUCGCUGUGUAAAGCGCUGGCUCAGAAACUCUCCAUCAGACUGUCCGGAAGAUACUCUUAUGGGCAGUUUGUGGAAAUCAACAGUCACAGUCUGUUCUCCAAAUGGUUUUCGGAGAGCGGAAAACUGGUCACCAAGAUGUUCCAGAAGAUUCAGGAGCUGAUAGAUGAGAAAGAAGCGCUCGUUUUGGUUCUUAUCGACGAGGUAGAGAGCCUGACGGCAGCGAGAAAUGCCUCUCAGGCUGGGACCGAACCGUCCGACGCCAUCAGAGUGGUCAACUCGGUCCUCACACAGCUGGACCAGAUCAAACGACAUCCGAACGUGGUGAUUCUCACGACCUCCAACGUAACAGAGAAGAUAGACUUGGCCUUUGUGGACAGAGCGGAUAUAAAGCAGUAUAUCGGGCCACCGAGCGCACACGCCGUCUUCAACAUCUACCUGUCCUGUCUGGAGGAGCUCAUGAAGCGUCAGAUCAUUUACCCCAGGCAGCAGCUACUGAAGCUGGAGGAGCUUCACACGUUGGGCUACAUGAAGAGCGAAGUGACCGAGCUCAGCCUGCAUCUGCAGAGAAUCGCCACGAAGAGUGUCGGCCUUAGCGGGCGCACUUUGAGGAAAAUUCCCUUUCUGGCUCAUGCACUUUACGCAAAGAGCUGCGUUCUGACCCUGGAGAGUUUUCUGGAUGCCAUGGACAAAGCUGUGCUUCAUCAGAUCAAGGAGAGAGAGAAGCUGGUGAAUUCUUUAUGAGAGCUGCAGCGUGGAGUCGUCGUUCUUCAUGAUUAUUUACGUUGUUGAUUAUAAUCGGCGUUAUUUCUUCGACGAGCACUUUAUAAGCUGUUUUUUUUUUUUAAGAAAAGGUGCUUUUCAUUGACUUAACAGGGCAGGAAAUUCACUCCUCUUCCUCCUUGACUAAGUUUUCUGUCUGUGCGGUUUGUCUUGAUUUUAGUUUAUUCAUUGCUUGAAUCAAUCUGUUGCUGAUGUACAAUAGCUGCUCAUUCCACUCGCAUCGUAGUCAUCGUUUCUACACCUGCUGUGGUAAAUGUGACUUGUACACUUUUUAUUGUAACUACAGUGUUUGUCUUUUAUAUGUUUAUAUAUUUAAAACCUUUAUUAAAUUGAGGGUGAUAAAAAUUAUUAUUUGAGCAUGCAGCUUCAUCACAGCUAGAUGGCGCCAGUCUGCACAGAUUUUAAUGCAUAUAAUAAGAUUUAGACACUGGAUACAGUAUAGAUAUUUACUACACAUUCAUCUCUUAUAAGUGCAUGACAAACCAGUACCACCUCAAAAUCCCUCCAUUACAUCAUUAUUUUGUGAUAUAUAUAUAUAUAUAUAUAUAUAUAUAGUUCGAUUUUGCGUUGCGUAAUGGGGCGACUAAGGGGCUAGGUGGGUAACACUGUCGCCUCACAGCAAGAAGGUCCUCGGAUCGAUCCCCAGCGUGGAGUUUGCAUGUUCUCCCUGUGUCCGGGUUGGUUUCCUCCGGGUGCUCCCUUUUCCUCCCACAGUCCAAAGACGUGCAAAUGAGGUGAAUUGGAGAUACUAAAUUGUCCACGACUGUGUUGAAUGUGAUGAAUCUUGUGUAAUGAGUAACUACCGUUCCUGUCAUGAAUGUAACCAAAGUGUAAAAUAAAGCAAUAAGCCACGAGAGGCCGUGCAUUACUGUGAGUGCCUAAAACUUCUUUCCCCGUGCUAAAAUCAUAACAGUAACGUACGGUCUCGAGUGGCUUAUUGCUUUUAUAAAACGGCGGUCAACAUAAAAUAUAAUAAAUACAACAAUGUUUAAUUCAUAAA